AUGAGAUGUGUCAGCGCGCUGCACUUUUGCUGGUGUCUUGCUCCCAUUGUCGACAAAGACAGAAAGUCAGACACAUACGGCCAAGUCGUGGUAUGUGGCCAGCGCUUCCAGUGCAUCUCCCCUAAAGGAUGCGCCAAGCAUCCGUAUCUGAAGGGCUUCAACAUUGACAUUAGGGACGCGCGCAACGGCUACCCCACCACCGAAAUCAAAUGGAAGCUCAUCUUCGAGGUAUUCAAGACCGAAUACGAUGCAGCAUUGGCAGAUAAUGCGGAGCGGCAAGAACUGUCGAGAGAGUGGGAGGGCAUGACCGGCCAUCAAAAGCGACGCCAGCGGAAACUCCAGGACCAAGCUGCGUUCCAGAGACGUCGCGAACGAGAGCGUGCUGCUGGCCGACUGGAGACUAAGGAGUUACCAUUGAGAGAUGACGAGAUAUCCCUGGCAGGGGAUGGAGAAAUUGAUGACCGCAGGCCUACAACACACGUAUCUGAUGUAUCGCCAUCUGCGAAACCCACACUGAGAACGCGUCCUAUCGCAACUCUUCUUCUGACUAAAGACUCCGAGUUACUGUCUGCUCCUACAGAUACGGACGAAGUCGCAGACCAGCAAGCACCCAUCAAGAUACCCGCGACUCGACUUCAUCGGAAAGUUACUAAGACACAGGGAGUCGAAGUUGCCUCAGAGCCUGAUGAGAAAGAUGACAUGACUCCUAGAGUGAGGGAUGGUGUUAAAGGCAGCAAUGCGGGCAUCAGUGUAAAGGUCGGUUUGCGCAACAAGACUGGAGGGUACGCAUGCGUAUGA